AUGUCUGACAAACUACCUCCGCCUCGCAAGAGUGUCGAGCUUGAGGAUCCCGGUGCACACGACCUAGAAUCCUCUUCCAGCGACGAGCACUUUUCUGAUGCCUCGGAAGGCCGCAACGCGCUCCCAGGUCAGGCAGAGCGCUCCAAUGCCACCUCUCCCAUUCCAAUCACCCGUGUGGAAAGAGUAGACGACGAGCCCGCCUACGGCGAAGUGCCUGGCACAGACGCAUAUAACAAGAGAAUGCAAGAUGCAGUUCCCGAUGAGGUAGAAGUCGUUCCGGAUGGCUCUAGAAGCCGCAGUGCUUCGAGAGUUAGUUUGCAGGAUCGGCCGUAUACACCUGGCGGUUCUCCCGUGCCCAGGACUGUUGUUGAGAAAAUAGACCCGGAUACGCCCAGCUAUGGGGAUGUCCCUGGCACACAUGCGCACAAGGUUCGUGCUGCAGAUGCUAUCCCCGAUGUGAUUGUCAAGGUGCCCCAGCCUCCAGAGAGAAAGACUGAAGGUAUAUCCCCCCAAAUAAACGAUUGCGAAAGCGACCAUUCGGACGAACCAGGUACCUCUGCUGCUGAGUCACACGAUCGAAAAGACAAUGCACUCAGUGACGGUGGAGUGGAGGAUGACGGCGAAUUAGGCGAUGACUUUGACGAUUUCGAAGAGGGCGGCGAGGGAGAUGAUUUUGGGGACUUUGAUGAUGGGUUUCAACACGGCGAGGAUCAAGCAGAAACUACAUUUGAGAAACCCCGGGAUCAUCCUUUUGUACCUGUCCCCUCCCUAGGUCCUCCGGUCCUGGAUUUCAAGGAGCUCACUUCGUUUGAAGACGUGGUUCGUGCAACGCAACCAUACAUUGACGAAAUGUACCCCUCCAUAAAAGAGAUACCCAGCAUUUCUACGGCAAAUCAAGCGGCCGCCCGGUCUAUAUUCUUGUCCGAUCGAAGUCUGUCAUUAUGGUCUCAGCUUGUCGCCCCACCGCCUCUACAACCUCCGAACUGGGUCCGGUCUCGGAUACGGCGACUUUUUCUCGUAUCUCUCGGUGUACCGGUCGAUCUUGACGAAAUCCUGCCGGCCUCCAAACAGAAAAAACUUAUUCUGCCUUCUAUACACGUACCGGGAGAGAAAUCGCCGAGGCCAUCAGCAGAUGAGCGCAAUGGUGCUCUUGCGCGGGUGAGGAAGGGAAAUGCAUCAUCAGCAUCGAUAGACUCGUCGGCUUCGAAGUCAGAGAGGAGACGUAAAGGGCCCCCGCCCCCGCCGCAACUCGACAUCAGCUCGACUACAAUGCUGUGUUCUACAACGGAAGCAGCGCUCAGCAACUUCACUGAUGAGGAGCUGCGAUUUCAUGUGAAGCGCCUCGCCGAACUAAAAGAGCGUGCAAAAGAAGUUUUUGAGUACUGGCAGAAGCGCAUGGAGAGUGCACUGGGGGACAAGGAAGCAUUCGAGUCCGUUAUCGAGAAUCUCGUGGCUCACGCGAAGAAGAUACGAUGA